AUGAUAAUCGUAUCCUUCUCGUCUUCUGACACAACAUCUUCAGAAGCACCAUAUUCUGCCACAUCUCCCAUACUUACGUCUACUGGCCAGCCAACGUCGUCAUCUUCGAUAUCUACAAUUUCCUGUGGCUCCCCAGACAAAAGCGAUGAAAUUGUAGAUGUCACUUUCAGUCCGAAUCGGACAUUUUUCUUCAACGCUCCAUUUGACAUAAACUACAUGACGUUCUUUAAAGUUCGCCAUCCUGAAUACCGGCGAAUCGCUUAUCGAGUCAGCUUGGAAAAAUCCGAAAAAUCGACGAUUGUGUUACCAGAAUCAAAUGGUAUGAUGGAAGAAAAGGAUUGGGAUGGAAAUGUGAAAAUUGGAUACACAGAAUUUGAGUUUGAUAAAUUGAACUUCAAAAAUGAUUCCAUCACAAUCGAAUGGGUGAAUAUUCCAAAAGAAGCUCAACGAGAAGCUGGUUUCGAAUGUUUUGCAGUUUGGUUUGGAGAAGAAGUUACACCGAAAAAUCAUACUCUCAAAGUUCAAUAUAAUUCAUGA